AUGAUUACAAUUUCAAUUACGGUUUUGGAAUUUGGAUAUGAUGAGGUUCAUGAUGAUUAUAAGGUAGUGGGUAUUUUCUAUACAUCCACUCAUGGCUAUGUCUGUGUAUAUAGUUUAAAAACUGAAUCUUGGAGAAGACUUGAUGAUGUUCAAGGAGGGAUAUUAUACCAUCGUUCGGCUAAGUUGGUGAAUAGGAAGUUUCACUGGGUAACUAUGCGUGUUCAUGGUUGGGGCAUUACGUCUGUUGAUUUGGUUGAUGAGAAGUGUCAAAAGGUGGAGCUACCCUGCUGCAAAGGAUACUUUUAUUUGACGCUUGGAGUGUUGGGAAGUGAACUUUCUGUGCUCUGUAAUUAUGAUAGAACUCGAGCUGAUGUGUGGGUUAUGAAGGAGUAUGGGGCUAAAGAGUCUUGA